AUGCCAACACAAUACGGCCGACACGUUGGCUUUGUGGCUCAUAAUGUGAUCAUGCCUUGGACACAGUGGAGACAGAUCUCUCUCCCUCUGCUCUUAUCUCUUUAUCUAGCAGAGUAUGGGAGCGGAGCGAGAUUCCCAAAGGCUGGAGCGUCUGCCUUCUCGCCCGCUCCAAUUUCGCUCCAGUAGCGCUCCCUUCACAAGCUCAGGGCGUGCCCGGCCCAGCAUGCAUUUGUGCUGCUAUAGCCCCUUGCUUUAGCUACUGUCAUGAAGUUCGCUGAAUAUUUUCAUAAAGAAACGGAUAAAACACACAGGUGCUAAAUCAAGGUAACUUACGAAGAUGAGGACCAAGACCAACAGAGUGUGGUGAUGUAGUGUCCACGACUAAAUAAUCAUUGUGGAAUCUGAAAAGACACGUACCCCGAAAGCAUGAUGGUGAACUUACUACGUUCACAUGCUAAAAGAAAGGAACGAGGUGGGUAGAUAACUGUGUCAUUGUAGCAAAGUAUUUAUAAACUAAAAAUCAGAUUGUUUAAACAUUUAGUUCAUUUUCGUUCUAUUAUCUAUACAAUAGGCCAUCAUUGAUUUUGGCCCAAUAGACCUGGUAUAUUCCCACGUUCAAGGAGCUUUCCGGUUUGUUUGGGUUAUUUUGCCUUAAAACAUUUAGGCCUACCUAUAUAAAAAAAUAAAAUAAACUGCGUCUCUGCCCAGCCUGGCAAGCGUGGCCAAAAGGGUGUUUAGUAUCCCCAGUGGCUCUGCAAGCGUGGAGAGGAUGUUCUCCGCUGCACCAUCGCAUGAGCCUUAAGUCAGACUGGCCAAACUUGUGUUUCUAAAAAUGUAUCCUAAAAAUGAAUUCAAAGGCACGAAAGUCAUUUAGUUUCAUUUGUAUUUAAUUUUAAGUAAAUCACAGCCUAUACAGUGGCUUGCGAAAGUAUUCACGCCCCUUGGCAGUUUUCCUAUUUUGUUGUCUUACAACCUGGAAUUAAAAUUGCUUUUUUGGGGGUUUGUAUCAUUUGAUUUACAUAAGAUGCAAAAUAUAUUUUUUGGUGAAACAUUAGACAAAUAAGACAAAAAAACAGAACUUGAGCGGGCAUAACUAUUCACCCCCCCCAAAAUCAAUACUUUGUAGAGGCACCUUUUGCAGCAAUUACAUCUGCAAGUCUCUUGGGGUAUGUCUAUAAGCUUGGCACAUCUAGCCACUGGGAUUUUUGCCCAUUCUUCAAGGCAAAACUACUCCAGCUCCUUCGAGUCCUCUGUAACUCAGCUGGUAGAGCACAGCGCUUGAAACGCCAGGGUAGUGGGUUCGAUCCCCGGGACCACCCAUACACACAAAUGUAUGCACGCAUGACUGUAAGUCGCUUUGGAUAAAAUCGUCUGCUAAAUGGCAUAAUAAUAAUAAUAAUAAUAAUAAUAAUAAUAAUAAUAAUAAUAAUAAGUUGGAUGGGUUCCGCUGGGGUACAGCAAUCUUUAAGUCAUACCACAGAUUCUCAAUUGGAUUGAGGUCUGGGCUUUGACUAGGCCAUUCCAAGACAUUUAAAUGUUUCCCCUUAAACCACUCAAGUGUUGCUUUAGCAUUAUGCUUAGGGUCAUUGUCCUGCUGGAAGGUGAACCUCCGUCCCAGUCUCAAAUCUCUGAAAGACUGAAAGAAUUUCCCUGUAUUUAGCGCCAUCCAUCAUUCCUUCAAUUCUGACCAGUUUCCCAGUCCCUGCCGAUGAAAAACAUCCCCACAGCAUGAUGCUGCCACCACAUGCUUCACUGUGGGGAUGGUGUUCUCGGGGUGAUGAGAGACAUAGCGUUUUCCUUGAUGGCCAAAAAACUCAAUUUUUAGUCUCAUCUGACCAGAGUACCUUCUUCCAUAUGUUUGGGGAGUCUCCCACAUGGCUUUUGGCGAACACCAAACGUGUUUGCUUAUUUUGUUCUUUAAGCAAUGGCUUUUUUCUGGUCACUCUUCCGUAAAGCCCAGCUCUGUGGAGUUUACGGCUUAAAGUGGUCCUAUGGACAGAUACUCCAAUCUCUGCUGUAGAGCUUUGCAGCUCCUUCAGGGUUAUCUUUGGUCUCUUUGUUGCCUCUCUGAUUAAUGCCCUCCUUGCCUGGUCCGUGAGUUUUGGUGGGCGGCCCUCUCUUGGCAGGUUUGUUUUGAUGCCAUAUUCUUUCCAUUUUAUAAUAAUGGAUUAAUCGUGCUCAGUGGGAUGUUCAAAGUUUCCGAUAUUUUUUUAUAACCCAACCCUGAUCUGUACUUCUCCACAACUUUGUCCCUGACCUGUUUGGAGAGCUCCUUGGUCUUCAUGGUGCUGCUUGCUUGGUGGUGCCCCUUGCUUAGUGGUGUUGCAGACUCUGGGGCCUUUCAGAACAGGUGUAUAUAUACUGAGAUCAUGUGACACUUAGAUUUCACAGAGGUGGACUUUAUUUAACUAAUUAUGUGACUUCUGAAGGUAAUUGGUUGCACCAGAUCUUAUUUAGGGGCUUCAUAGCAAAGGGGGUGAAAACAUAUGCACGCACCACUUUUCCGUUAUUAAUUUUGUAUAAUUUUUUUAAACAAGUAAAAAAAAAUGUUUUAUCACCAAUUUGGACUAUUUUGUGUAUGUCCAUUACAUGAAAUCCCAAAAAAAAUCCAUUUAAAUUACAGGUUGGAAUGCAACAAAAUAGGAUAAACGCCAAGGGAUGAUGAAUAGUUUUGCAAGGCACCGUAUGCACAAUUUAUAGACCUAUAAUGAUUUAAUAGAACAAAAUGUUGUGUAGGUGCUGAGCGCUAAAUGUCCCUACCAGCCAAGUGUGUCGCACUCGCUAAUGCUCCACAAUAUAUUUAUUUGUAGCCUUGAAAUAAUUGAAAUAACAACACAGCCUAAAUAAUUAAUUAAGGCUCCCUGUCUGGCUCCUGACCCAUUUAGAGUGUUUAUAUGCUGUUUUAAUAUGACGUGUAUCCUAUUUGAAACGAUGAGCGCUUCUUACAGUCACCUUUUCAUGUUUAUUCAAAUACUUUCCAUUCAAAUACAUAGGGUUUGGUUUCAAUACUUCAAAACCAAAUGAGCGAAUUUGGAGCGGCAUUUUUUUUUGGGGGGGGGGGAUUUCCAACCGCUCAACUCCGCUCAUGCUCUAUCUAGCUCCUCUCUCUCUCUCUGUCUCUCUCUGUCUCUGUCUCUCUCUGUCUCUGUCUCUCUGUCUCUCUCUCUGUCUGUCUCUCUGUCUGUCUCUCUCUCUCUCUCUCUCUCUCUCUCUCUCUCUCUCUCUCUCUCUCUCUCUCUCUCUCUCUCUCUCUGUCUCUCGCUCUCUUUUUUCUCCCCCCUGCCAGUGUAUUAAAGCCCAUUGGCCUGGUUUGAGGGGAUUAGCUUAUCGUGACAAUGUUAUCAGCAGCAGCAGCCCUGCCUUAUAGGAGGUUGGUUGGUACAGAGAGAAUAUUAGAUAAACAGCCCCACACCACAGAUAACUACCAGCACAACACGGUCCUCUAUAUGGGACUCAGUCUCCUCUAGUGUUAAGUUUCUCACUGCUCCAGAUAGAAGUUCCACUAAGGCACAGAUCUAGGAUCAGUUUAAUCCUUAAAUCCUAAUCUUAGACAUUAGAGGGAAGUCUCGAAACUGACCUGAGAUCAGCGUCUAGGAGGUAACUUCAUCCUACUCCCCUUCUGUGGUCCUCUGUAGCUCAGCUGGUAGAGCACGGCGCUUGUAACGCCAAGGUAGUGGGUUCGAUCCCCGGGACCACCCAUACACACACCAAAAAAAAAAAUGUAUGCACGCAUGACUGUAAGUCGCUUUGGAUAAAAGCGUCUGCUAAAUGGCAUAUUAUUGUUAUUAUUAUAACACAGGCCUGAUAGGAACGCUUGUCAUAAUGGGUGUCUGUGGCCACAGAAGUGACAGGACCCUGCUGCACCCGGGGGGCUUUGUGUCUGCGUACUAUGCCACCGCUUAUAACUAGAAGCUAAGUAUAACUAUAAGAAAUGUAUAGAGGGCUCCAUCUUAUAUAGAGGGCUCCAGCUUUGCAUUUGGUUUUGCUAACUUGCUCGCUAAGUGGCUAGAUGUCAAAAUCAAGCUUCUUGGUGACAGCCUGAGCACCAGUCUCCUUUAGCUAGGAUUCCUUGUCAUUGGCAGAGAGACUGGCCCUUUUCUGCCAUUUUCAAAUAUGAACAUUCUAUCAUUAAUGAGCUCAAGGAGAACAGAGGAGUUGAUCCUGAUUCGAUAACCCUCACAGCCGUCCUCCAAUCACAGCGAUUGUCCAAAUAUUGGAACUCUUAUCACUUUUUUUCUUCUCCACAGAACACCUUGGUAUCCGGUUGCUAAGUAACCAUUUUUUUUGUUUGUCCAAACUAAACCAGUCUGUCAAAAGUUGCUAGUUCACGUCUAAAUUCUCAAACUAAAUGCAUUUCUAAAUACAAUUCUAAGCCUCAAAAUACAACAGCUUGCCUAGCUAACAGCUGAAUGUUUGUUUUGGACUUUGUUAUCAUUCUGAUUCUAUUUUCCAGGCUGCACAUGUUGUCAUGGAAAAUAUUCAUGUUAUUUCCAGCAACCAAUGAGCAACUCCACCAUAAUUCCAGCUGCAUAUUGAAUGUUGAGAUUGACGAAAGGCCAGUCUCUUUGACAAUGACAUGGAGUGGCAAGCAGUGGAAUGUUAGCUAAAAAGACUGGGUCCCAGCCUAGAGACAUUCAAGCCUCACCUGGAUCAAGGUCCCUGAACCCCUAAACUGUUUCUGUGAAAUAGCGCCCCUUGUGUGCACUUCCGGUAAUAGCGCAUACUUCGGUAUGGUACAGAAACGGUAUGAAGAUUUGGAUACCGCCCAACCCUAAUAUGAAUACAUUAGCAUAAAGGGGUGGAACAGGGCAGCAACCACCUGCUCUGUCUACCCUACCUGUCCUCACCUGCUCUGUCUACCCUACCUGUCCUCACCUGCUCUGUCUACCCUACCUGUACUCACCUGCUCUGUCUACCGUACCUGUCCUCACCUGCUCUGUCUACCCUACCUGUCCUCACCUGCACCCACCUGUCCUCACCUGCUCUGUCUACCCUACCUGUCCUCACCUGCUCGGUCUAACCCUACCUGUCCUCACCUGCUCUGUCUACCCUACCUGUCCUCACCUGCUCUGUCUACCCUACCUGUCCUCACCUGCUCUGUCUACCCUACCUGUCCUCACCUGCUCUGUCUACCCUACCUGUCCUCACCUGCUCUGUCUACCCUACCUGUCCUCACCUGCUCUGUCUAACCCUACCUGUCCUCACCUGCUCUGUCUACCCUACCUGUCCUCACCUGCUCUGUCUACCCUACCUGUCCUCACCUGCUCUGUCUACCCUACCUGUCCUCACCUGCUCUGUCUACCCUACCUGUCCUCACCUGCUCUGUCUACCCCUACCUGUCCUCCACCUGCUCUGUCUACCUACCUGUCCUGACCUGCUCUGUCUACCCUACCUGUCCUCGACCUGCUCUGUCUACCCUACCUGUCCUCACCUGAUCUGUCUACCCUACCUGUCCUCACCUGCUCUGUCUACCUACCUGUCCUCACCUGCUUGUCUACCCUACCUGUCCCUAACUGCUCUGUUACCCUACUGACCUGCUCUGUCUACCUACCUGUCCUCACCUGCUCUGUCUACCCUACCUUCCUGACCUGCUCUGUCUACCCUACGUCUGUCACCUGCUCUGUCUACCCAUACCUGACCUGCUCUGUCUACACCAGUCCUCACCUUCCCUGUCUACCCUACCUGUCCUCACCUCUCUGUCUACCCUACCUGUCCUCACUGCUCUGUCUACCCUACCUGUCCUCACUUGCUCUGUCUACCCUACCUGUCCUCACCUGCUCUGUCUACCCUACUGUCCUCACCUGCUCUGUCUACCCUACCUGUCCUGACCUGCUCUGUCUACCCUACCUGUCCUCACCUGCUCUGUCUACCCUACCUGUCCUCACCUGCUCUGUCUACCCUACCUGUCCUCACCUGCUCUGUCUACCCUACCUGUCCUGACCUGCUCUGUCUACCCUACCUGUCCUCACCUGCUCUGUCUACCCUACCUGUCCUGACCUGCUCUGUCUACCCUACCUGUCCUCACCUGCUCUGUCUACCCUACCUGUCCUCACCUGCUCUGUCUACCCUACCUGUCCUCACUUGCUCUGUCUACCCUACCUGUCCUCACCUGCUCUGUCUACCCUACCUGUCCUCACCUGCUCUGUCUACCCUACCUGUCCUGACCUGCUCUGUCUACCCUACCUGUCCUGACCUGCUCUGUCUACCCUACCUGUCCUCACCUGCUCUGUCUACCCUACCUGUCCUCACCUGCUCUGUCUACCCUACCUGUCCUCACCUGCUCUGUCUACCCUACCUGUCCUCACCUGCUCUGUCUACCCUACCUGUCCUCACCUGCUCUGUCUACCCUACCUGUACUCACCUGCUCUGUCUAGACUGCCUCAGUAAUUACUGUUGUCACGUUCUGUUGCAUAAUUAAAAACACAUUUCCUGCAAUUCUACACAUUUGCCAUGGAGUUGAGAGAAAAUUUUGAAGUUUUAAAGCUAAUUUCCUGCAAUUCUAUGCAUUUUGCCAUGGCUAAUUCUGUGUUCUUUUUCAAUACUGCUAAAUUCCUUGUUUUUGGAAUUUUCAAUUCUCACUAAAUGUCUAGCUUUUAUUUUGGUGAUUGUUAGUUUUCAAAGAUUAUAUGAUAAAAAAAUAUAUAGGUCCAUUAUCUUUCUACAUACUUUAUAUCUGGUUUUAGUCGGUUAAGUUUACACUGAAAGCGUUUUUCCAUCCCAAAAAUGAAUAAUAAAAAGUCCAAGGAUUUCAAUGUCAGAAAAAUCCCUGACUGAAUGCACCCUUUGUACGUACAGCAGCGCUGUAGAGGCCUCUCCUCUCCUCUCCUCUCCUCUCCUCUCCUCUCCUCUCCUCUCCUCCUCUCCUCUCCUCUCCUCUCCUCUCCUCUCCUCUCCUCUCUCCCCAUCACCACCCCGUCCCUACUGCCAAUGUGCAAAAAAUUCAAAAAACCUUUUUUCGCUUUGUCAUUAUGGGGUAUUGUGUGUCGAUCGAUGAGGAUUCUUAUUUAUUUAAUCAAUUUUAGAAUAAGGCUGUAACGUAACAAAAUGUGGAAAAAGUCAAGGGUUCUGAAUAAUUUCCGAAUACACUGCAUAUAGUAGAUGGAUCUCUCUUUAACAAGGAAAAUUGAUUAGGAAUGUGUCUAAUCACGUUGUUGGUUUUCCAUUUCAGGUAAUGUUCAUGGGAGAGAAUAUACCUGUCCAUCCUCACGUUUAUAGCAACGGUCACAUCUGUCUUUCAAUACUAACAGAAGACUGGUCACCAGCCCUGUCAGUGCAAUCAGUCUGUCUCAGCAUUAUCAGCAUGCUGUCCAGCUGCAAAGAAAAGGUAAGUGGGCAACAGCCUUUCCCUUUGGGAACGCCAAAUCAUAUAAUAUUAUAAAAGCCUGGUAUAAUGUUACUGUUACAGGGGUUAGUUCAUUAUACACUGAACAAAAAUAUAAACGCAACAUGGUAAAGUGUUGGUCCCACGUUAAAAUGAGAUGAAAAAAUAUCCCAGAAAUGUUCCAUAUGCACAAAAAGCUUAUUUCUCUCAAAUGUUGUGCACAAAUUUGUUUGCAUCCCUGUUAGUGAGCAUUUCUCCUUUGCCAAGAUAAUCCAUCCACCUGACAGGUGUAGCAUAUCAAGAAGCUGAUUAUUACACAGGUGCACCUUGUGCUGGUAACAAUAAAGGCCACUCUAAAAUGUGCAGUUUUGUCACACAACACAAUGCCACAGAUGUCUUAAGUUUGAGGGAAGCGUGCAAUUGGCAUGCUUACCGCAGGAAUGUCCACCAGAGCUGUUGCUAGAGAAUUACAUUUUAAUUUCUCUACCAUAAGCCGCCUCCAACAUCGUUUUAGAGAAUUUGGCAGGACGUCCAACCGGCCUCAUAACCGCAGACCUGAUGUCUACGUUGUGAACAGAGUGCCCCAUGGUGGCGGUGGGGUUAUGGUAUGGGCAGGCAUAAGCUACGGACAACGAACACAAUUGCAUUUUAUUGAUGGCAAUUUGAAUGCACAGAGAUACCGUAACGAGAUCCUGAGGCCCGUUGUGGUGCCAUUCAUCCACUGCCAUCACCUCAUGUUUCAGCAUGAUAAUGCACAGCCUCAUGUCGCAGGGAUCUGUAUACAAUUCCUGGAAGCUAAAAAUGUCACAAUUCUUCCAUGGGCUGCAUACUCACCAGACAUGUCACCCAUUGAGCAUUUUUUGGGAUGCUCUGGAUCGACGUGUACGACGGCGUGUUCCAGUUCCCGCCAAUAUCCAGCAACUUCGGACAGCCAUUGAAGAGGAGUGGGACAACGUUCCACAGGCCACAAUCAACAGCCUCAUCAACUCUAUGUGAAGGAGAUGUGUCGAGCUGCAUGAGGCAAAUGGUGGUCACACCAGAUACUGACUGGUUUUCUGAUCCACGCACUUUUUUAUUUUUUUAUUUUUUUAAGGGUAUCUGUGACCAACGGAUGCAUAUCUGUAUUCCCAGUCAUGUGAAAUCCAUAGAUUAGGGCCUAAUUAAUUUAUUUCAAUUGGCUGAUUUCCUUAUGAACUGUAACUCAGUCAAAUGUUGAAAUUGUUGCAUGUUGCGUUUUAUUGUUGUUCAGUGUACAUCAUUUUAAGCAUGCCCCAUUGACACAGCACUCUAUAGGACAGAAGGGAUGUCACGGUCACUCCAUGGGAGGGCCCAGUGUCGGCUGCUUUAAGGUCUGUCCUUUCAAUCUGUGGACUAUUAACACCUUUAGAACCAGGUGAGGGGAGGUCCUUAACUAAUCAAUGACCUUUAAUUCAUCAAUCAUGUACAAGGGAGGAGCAAAAACCCGGCAGACACACACGGCCCUCUGGAAUGAGUUUGACGCGUGAAGUAGAGGGAUGAUUUAGUAAAGGCUGAAUCAGAAUAAAGACGUCUCUGCACUAUUUGAACCUCAAUCUAAAUGUCCACGCUGGAGUUUCCAGCGUCUUAGAGGCCAACUUCACGCUUGCUCUGAAUGACGUUGUCCUCUGCAUGCCAUGUUUAUGCCAGCACUUCUCUGAUGAUGAUGAUGAUGAUGAUGAUGAUUGUCUCUCUGCAGAGACGGCCCCCUGA